AUGUCUUCACUCCAACUAACCGAAUCGGGUCAUUCGCCAAGAACUUGCCAUGGAACAUUUGAUACGGCCAAUCUUGUUGGGCAGAGUACCCAAAAAGUCCGAAAACAAGCUUUGACGGGAGGAUCAAGAGCCUGGAGCAGAGAUGAGGAAUUGUAUCUACUGAAAACUCGGCAUCAAAAAGUACCAUAUCGACAGAUAGCAACUCAUUUGAAAAAGACCGAGCUUGCUUGUCGCCUACACUACCAUCAAUUAUCUCACGGGAGCCGACGCAAGAAGAUUGGUUCUACCUCUCCAUGUAGCACUCCUGGAUCCCCUGAAAUGACGGAAUCAGCGCCAUCGCUUGCCUAUCAAGGAUCAAGCCCAAACUUGAAUAGAAGCCUUUAUACCACACAAAAUCACUAUUCAGUCGCUCCCCACAUCGUGCAACUACCUUCUGCCUCGACAUUAAUAUCUCGUUCUGAUUUCUACACCCCGCCAAGAGUUUAUGAACAGCCUAAUAUCCCGAAUUUACCUAGGCUUCCCGAUCAUGACCGAGUCAUGGCUGGCGUUGUCAAUACUCAAGUUCUUCGUCUUGACACUGACGUAAAUUCAGGCCAGAUGGAUUUAUCUCACGUGAAUCUUGAGCGUCUCGGUCAGAUUUAUGAGAAGCAUCGUGGCUCUAUCUGGAACACAAUUGCUUCGGAAUAUGGUGUGGAUGCCUCACCUUUUGUUCUUGAAGAGGCUUGGAAGCGUGGAAAUCAGACAAGCACGCCGCCCACUCCCAGUGUAUCACCUGAUGAACAUGUGAUAUCAUAUCAAAAACUUCCCAGUCUUACAUCUGAGAGUAAGAGUAACAUCUCCUCCCUUCUUGGAAUUAAUGCCAGCCCACGUAGUUCGCAAGAGAGGGAGAUUGUUAGACGGAUGGAGGAAAGACUUUAA